GGGCAAAACCGUCCCAUGGUACAGAGAUCAUUGAAUGCGUCCCAAAGUAGUGGCUCCAAUCCUUUUCGGCAUCUGGAGAAGAGUGCUGUCUUACAGGAGGCUCGUCUGUUCAAUGAAACACCCAUCAAUCCAAGAAGAUGUUUGCAUAUUCUUACAAAGAUUCUCUACUUACUGAACCAGGGUGAACACUUUGGAACUACAGAAGCCACAGAAGCUUUCUUUGCAAUGACUCGAUUGUUUCAAUCUAAUGAUCAAACAUUGAGAAGAAUGUGCUACCUUACCAUCAAAGAAAUGGCUAACAUCUCUGAGGAUGUCAUCAUUGUCACAAGCAGUCUGACCAAGGACAUGACAGGAAAGGAAGAUAUCUACCGAGGCCCGGCCAUCAGGGCUCUCUGCAGAAUCACUGAUGGAACAAUGCUGCAGGCCAUUGAAAGAUACAUGAAGCAGGCCAUUGUGGACAGGGUCUCCAGUGUAUCCAGCUCAGCACUGGUGUCUUCCUUACACAUGAUGAAGAUAAGCUAUGAUGUUGUUAAGCGCUGGGUCAAUGAAGCCCAAGAAGCUGCUUCAAGUGACAAUAUUAUGGUCCAGUACCAUGCGUUGGGAGUCCUGUAUCACCUUAAAAAGAAUGAUCGCCUUGCUGUUUCUAAGAUGUUAAACAAAUUUACUAAAUCCGGUCUGAAGUCACAGUUUGCUUACUGCAUGCUGAUCCGAAUCGCCAGUCGUUUACUAAAAGAAAAUGAAGAGGGCCAUGAAAGUCCACUCUUUGAUUUCAUUGAGAGCUGCUUGCGAAAUAAACAUGAAAUGGUUAUUUAUGAAGCAGCUUCAGCUAUCAUCCAUCUUCCUAACUGUACUGCAAGGGAGCUGGCACCUGCUGUUUCAGUUCUUCAGUUGUUCUGUAGCUCUCCUAAGCCAGCUUUGAGAUAUGCAGCUGUGAGGACCUUGAACAAGGUGGCAAUGAAGCACCCCUCUGCUGUGACAGCCUGCAAUCUGGACUUAGAAAACUUGAUCACAGACUCUAACAGAAGCAUCGCUACCCUGGCCAUUACUACACUCCUCAAAACAGGAAGUGAGAGCAGUGUGGACAGACUCAUGAAGCAGAUAUCUUCUUUUGUGUCUGAAAUCUCAGAUGAGUUCAAGGUGGUGGUUGUACAGGCAAUUAGUGCUCUCUGCCAGAAAUACCCACGAAAGCACAGCGUCAUGAUGACUUUCCUCUCCAACAUGCUCCGAGACGAUGGAGGCUUCGAAUAUAAGCGGGCCAUUGUGGACUGCAUCAUCAGCAUUGUGGAAGAGAACCCUGAGAGCAAAGAAGCAGGCCUGGCCCACCUUUGUGAAUUCAUUGAAGACUGUGAGCACACUGUUCUGGCUACAAAGAUUCUCCACUUGUUGGGCAAAGAGGGCCCCAGAACGCCUGCUCCCUCCAAGUAUAUCCGCUUUAUUUUUAAUAGGGUCGUACUGGAAAAUGAGGCUGUCAGAGCUGCUGCUGUGAGUGCUUUAGCUAAAUUUGGGGCUCAGAAUGAGAACCUUCUCCCAAGCAUUCUUGUACUCUUACAAAGGUGUAUGAUGGAUACUGACGAUGAGGUACGGGACAGAGCUACCUUCUAUCUGAAUGUGCUGCAGCAGAGGCAGAUGGCACUGAAUGCUACAUACAUCUUCAACGGUCUGACAGUGUCUGUACCAGGGAUGGAAAAAGCUUUACAUCAGUAUACACUGGAGCCUUCAGAAAAACCCUUUGACAUGAAAUCUAUUCCUCUUGCUAUGGCUCCUGCCUUUGAACAGAAAGCAGAAAUCACACUUGUGGCUACUAAGCCAGAGAAGUUGGCUCCUUCCAGGCAAGACAUUUUCCAAGAACAAUUGGCUGCUAUUCCUGAGUUUAUGAAUCUGGGACCCUUGUUCAAGUCUUCUGAGCCUGUUCAGCUUACAGAAGCAGAGACAGAAUACUUUGUUCGUUGCAUCAAGCACAUGUUUACCAAUCACAUUGUGUUCCAGUUUGACUGUACCAACACUCUCAAUGACCAGCUACUGGAGAAAGUGACAGUGCAGGUGGAACCAUCAGAUUCCUUUGAAGUGCUAUGUUGUAUCCCAGCUCCCAGCCUCACUUAUAAUCAACCAGGAAUAUGUUACACUCUUGUUCGCUUGCCUGAUGAUGACUCUUCAGCAGUUUUUAUUGGAAAAACAUGAACUAUGUCAACCA